AUGUCUACCAAAAUACCAACCGCAGCCAAAGAUACUAGGUCAGAGGAAGAACAAGCCGAAUUAGAAUAUGGAAGACUUACUUCGAAGGACUAUUUAUACGUUUCUGAACACCCAGUGGGAGAGCCAUUACCCACGCCCAUCGAAGACGAACCGCCAUACAUAAUCUAUAUUACGACGUAUAUCAGUUAUCUUCUUUUGAUUCUCAUUGGACACAUUCGGGACUUCUUUGGAAAGAUAUUCAAGCCACGAGACUAUGCACAUUUGGUGGAGAAAGACGGGUAUGGCCCGUGGUACGACGGGUUUGAAAGUUUCUACGUACGUCGGUUGAAAUUGAGAAUCGACGACUGUUUUGCCAGACCUAUUCACGGAGCACCAGGGCGUUACAUCAAGUGUUUCAACCGUGAUAGAACCGUUGUAUACGACGAAUAUACGUAUCCUGGAACAUCGACCGAAUGUUUAAAUUUAUCAUCUUACAACUACUUGGGGUUUGCGCAAUCCAAAGGUUUGUGUACCGACCAUGCUUUAAAGGCCGUUGAAGAUUACGGUACCUCUGGGUGUUCUCCAAGGCUGCUUAGUGGUACAACUGAUUUGCAUAAAGAAUGUGAACGUGUGAUUGCUGAUUUUGUUUACCAGGAGGACGCCAUCAUCGUCAGUCAGGGUUAUGGUACUAACGCAAAUUUAUUUGCAUCUUUGGCAGAUGCCAACAGUUUGAUUAUAAGUGACGAAUUAAACCAUGCGUCUAUUAGAUUCGGUAUCAGGUUGUCGGGUGCAUCCGUAAAAGUCUUCAAGCAUAAUGAUAUGAGAGACUUGGAAAAGUUAUUGAGAAACUCUAUUGCCCAGGGUCAACCAAGAACUCAUCGUGCAUGGAAGAAAAUCAUUAUUGCCGUCGAAGGGUUAUACUCUAUGGAAGGUAAUAUGUGUAACUUACCACAAAUCGUAGAAUUGAAAGAGAAAUACAAAUGCUAUUUAUUUGUGGAUGAAGCUCAUUCUAUUGGUGCUUUAGGUCCAGAAGGUAGAGGCAUAUGUGAUUAUUUCUCUGUCGACCUGCGUAGAAUUGACUUAUUAAUGGGUACAUUUACCAAAUCUUUCGGUGCUACAGGUGGAUACAUUGCUGGCCCAAAGGCAUUAAUAAAUAAGUUGAGAAUUAAUUACAUUACCAACAAUUACUCCGAAUGUGUUCCUCCCCCAGUCUUAGGCCAGAUUAUUUCUUCAUUGAGUGUCAUCGAUGGUAGCUUGAACCCAGGUGAAGGUUCGGAAAGAUUAAAGAGAAUUGCUUUCAACUCUCGCUAUUUAAGAUUAGGAUUAAAGAAAUUGGGCUUUAUUGUUUACGGUGCAGAUGACUCGCCAGUUAUCCCAUUGUUAUUAUUCUUACCUGGUAAAAUGCCUGCUGUAUCGAGAUUCUUGUAUUCUAUGAACAUUGCUGUCGUGGUUGUCAGUUACCCUGCCACCCCGUUAAGUAGUGCUAGAGUUAGAUUAUGUGUCAGUUCCGCCUUAACCAAAGAAGAUCUUGAUUACGUUUUAACUAAAUUUAAUGAAGUUGGUGACAUGGUUUAUUUGAAAUUUAGCAGUGGUAUUGCUGGUGGAUCUAAAAUCCCAGGACAACCUCCUAGGUGGUCCAUCGAAGAUGUGAUCGCUACUAAUGUCGAAGAUUGCAAAAUGGCUAGUAUGGCAUAA